AUGGACUCUCAGUCUUUCUAUAGGUGUCUCUUCUGGGGCGCUGCGACGCUCUAUGUUUCUGCGGAAGUAUACUACUUUAUACUUACUAUCCUAAAGUCAGACUGGAGCAAGCGAGAUGGAUACUUUGGUCGCUUUGUGUCUGUCGUACGGGACUUUCGCGCUGGAAAAUACUACAAACCAUGGACGACGAACAAGCCAAUUUUGAUUACCCCAAGUAAGGAGAAUAUGCGUGAGUUGAGCGAGGCAGUUGUAUUGUCGCAGAGGGCUGUUUACGCGGAUAUGUUUGGGUUCAAACAUACGAUGAACAACCUCGAUCAUCAUGAUCACAAGGUUGCUCGGACAAGGCUCUAUGGUCGGCUGUUGCAGGUUAAUGGCCCUGGCAAUCUGACUGGGUUGUAUCCCUAUCUGCAGAGAAGAGUCGAAGAUACUCUCGAUGGCCUUCUUAAGGCACAAGGGGGAGCUAAAGGCGCUGUCUCAAUUCAAGUGACGCAGUUGACGAAAGUCCUUGCCUCGAGAUUGAUGGGUGUUGUGUUCUUUGGCCAAAAGCUUGCAUCCGAUCCGGAGUUCGCAGAUGCUCUUCUCCGAUAUUCGCAAGAUAUGGUCUCUUGCAUGGCUGCCUUUCAAGUAACUCCGGGAUUUCUUUCUCCACUCGUUCAUUCGAUCAUUACGCGACGGGGACGCGCCAUGCACCUGAUACAAAACAGGUUGAUGGAUAUCAUGGGUCCAGAUCGUCAAGACUGGGAUGAACUGGAGAAUCUGAAACAGUAUACAAUUGCCCACAACAUGGCCGAAUUAACCGAGUCGACUCAUGACUACUGGACACCCGAGGUGCUCUCUCAGUCUCUUCUGGGCAUCUGGUUUGCAGCAUCGCAUCAACCGUGGAUGACGACGUGUUUUGUGCUGCUCGAACUCUGUGCUCGUCCGGAAUGGCAGUUGCUUCUGAGGGAGGAAAUUGGGGAAGAAAAGCUAGACUAUGAGAGACUGGAAAAGCUUCCUCUGCUGGAUAGCUUUAUCAAAGAGACUGUCAGACUGAAUCCACUGGAUACAAUGGCUAUCCGGAGAAAGGCUUUACAAGACUAUACCUUUUCGACUGGCUCGCCUUUUGUUCCUUCUGGCUCUACCGUAUGUGUUUCAUCGUACGAUAUUCUGCAUGAUGAGAACACAUACGACAGUCCAAACGAAUUCAACGGUGGACGUUUUGUCAAUAAGAGCAAAUUUAGCGAAGUCUCAGAGCAUUUCCCCAUAUGGGGAUAUGGAUCACUGGCGUGUCCCGGUCGGUUCCAUGCAUCGCUGGUGAUGAAGUUGAUUAUAUCCCAUCUCGUGGCCAACUAUGACUUGAGUUUCGAGGAUAGCACGGCCAGACGAUCAUGGUCAUGGGAGACAUUCAGAAUGCCCAGUAACUCUUUGCGGAUUAUGCUGAAGCGAAGGAGUGUUUGA